AUGGAGAGAGACCGGAUCUCAGCCUUGAAGAGAUCCUUCGAGGUCGAGGAGGUCGACGCGCCCAACUCCACGCCGCCCCGGCGGGUGCAGACGCCCCUGCUCCGGGCCACGGUGGCCAGCUCCACCCAGAAGUUCCAGGAGCCGCCCGCCCGCCAUGCCGACGCCCUGAGCCAGCGCUCCCCCAAGCCGCCCCUGCGGAGGGUCGAGCUGUCGGGGCCCAAGUCCGAGCCCAUGUCCCGGCGCACCGAGCUCUCCAUCGACAUCUCGUCCAAGCAGGUGGAGGGCGCCGGCGCGCCCGGGCCCUCGCGGUUCGGGCUGAAGCGGGCCGAGGCGCUGGGCCACAAGACGCCGGAGCCCGCGCCCCGGAGGACGGAGAUCACCAUCGUGAAGCCCCCGGAGCCGGCCCACCGGAGGGCGGAGGCCCCCGCCGCCGCCAAGGUCUCCGAGGCGCCCGCCGCCCCCGCAGCCGAGCCCGCCCCCAGGAGGGUGGAGAUCCAGGUGCCCAAGGCGGCUGAGGCGCCCGCCGCCCCCACCCCGUCCCUGGAGAAUUCAGAGCCCACGCCGCUGUCGCUGUCGCAGCUGCAGGGCAGGCUGGAGCCCAAGCCCCUGCCGCCCUCGGCCGAGGCCCCGCCCAGGAGCCAGGACGCCCCCGAGGCAGCUCGCGGCGGCGCUGGCGACAUGGCUGACGCCCCCCGAGACGCCGGGCUGAAGCCGGCGCCGGGGCCGCGGAGCGAGAAGGCGCCCGCCGACUUCGGCUACGUGGGCAUCGACUCCAUCCUGGAGCAGAUGCGCCGCAAGGCCAUGAAGCAGGGCUUCGAGUUCAACAUCAUGGUGGUCGGGCAGAGCGGCUUGGGGAAGUCCACCCUGAUCAACACGCUCUUCAAGUCCAAGAUCAGCCGGAAGUCGGUGCAGCCGCCCAGCGCAGAGGAGCGCAUCCCCAAGACCAUCGAGAUCAAGUCCAUCACGCACGACAUCGAGGAGAAGGGAGUCCGCAUGAAGCUCACGGUCAUCGACACGCCGGGCUUCGGGGACCACAUCAACAACGAGAACUGCUGGCAGCCCAUCAUGAAGUUCAUCAACGACCAGUACGAGAAGUACCUGCAGGAGGAAGUGAACAUCAACCGCAAGAAGCGCAUCCCGGACACGCGUGUGCACUGCUGCCUGUACUUCAUCCCCGCCACCGGCCACUCCCUCAGGCCCCUGGACAUUGAGUUCAUGAAGCGCCUGAGCAAAGUCGUCAACAUCGUGCCGGUCAUCGCCAAGGCCGACACGCUGACCCUGGAGGAGAGGGUCUACUUCAAGCAGCGGAUCACCGCCGACCUGCUGUCCAACGGCAUCGACGUGUACCCCCAGAAGGAGUUCGACGAGGACGCAGAGGACCGGCUGGUGAACGAGAAGUUCCGGGAGAUGAUCCCGUUCGCCGUGGUGGGCAGCGACCACGAGUACCAGGUCAACGGGAAGCGGAUCCUCGGCCGGAAAACCAAGUGGGGCACCAUCGAAGUGGAGAACAUCCUGCACUGUGAGUUCGCCUACCUGCGGGACCUCCUCAUCAGGACGCACAUGCAGAACAUCAAGGACAUCACCAGCAGCAUCCACUUCGAGGCGUACCGUGUGAAGCGCCUGCACGAGAGCAACGUGGCCAACGGCGUGGAGGACGGGGGCCCGGGCGCCCAGGAGAUGUAG